GUUUUGUUUUUGCUUUGAGAGGAGGCAUGGGACAAGCAGGCUGAAGAGCAGACUGACUUUAAUCACAUUCAGCAGGAUCCCCACUGGCCCACAUGGGCCAACGGGAGCUGCGGCCCUCCACUCCAGCCUCUUCCCACUGGCUCCUGUUCCUGCUCAGUUGGGGUUCUUGAAUUGGUGCACAUACGUCCUGAUCCUGGGAUGUCUCGUCCUCCUCCGACUCCCGUCUACACCCUGAGGGGUGCUGGUGGGCCCCUCAACACCCUCCACUUCCACUGCAGCCAGGGAAGCACUCCUCUGCUAUUUUCUGGUUCGGGGAAAGGUGCUAUCCACAUGUAUAACUUGAACACGCGGCGGCCUGAAAGGGUCAUUGAAGGACACUCUGGAAACUCUGUGAUAUGGCUCAACACUAUUCAAUCAGAACAAAAACUAAUCAGUCAGGGACGCGACAUGCAGAUUUGCCUAUGGGAUCUCGCUGAAGGCCGGUAUGAUGUUGUGGACUCCAUCUGGACCGGUAGUGUGGGAUUUUGUCAAAGCUCAAUGUUAGAGACAAGUGCUGGGAAGUGGAUGCUGGCUUUUCCUGGAGAACAAACUGAAGAGAUCAAGAUCAUUGAGCUUCCCAGUAAGACUCUAGUCAGCACUUUGGUACCAGAUUCAAAGCUGGGCAUGGUCAUGUGCAUCAAACUGUGGCAGAGUGAUUUGGGGACUGGCCCUUUGCUGUUGGCGGGAUACGAGGAUGGAUCUGUGCUGCUGUGGGACGUAACCCAGAGGUCGAAGCUGAGCCAAGCCAAAGCCCACCCUGAGCCUGUCAUGUGUCUGACCUUUGACCCCACCCAUCUAAAGGGCAUUUCAGGCUCCUCAGACUCCAAACUGUCCUCCUGGAUAGUGGACAGCCAAAACAAUAUGCAGCUCCAGGACUCGGUGACGCUGGUUAACCCCGGAGUGUCCCAGAUGUGUCUCCGUGACGACGGUAAGCUCCUGGCGUCCGCGGGCUGGGACCAUCGCGUGCGACUGUUCGGCUGGAAGAGGUUGAAACCACUGGCCGUGCUGCAGUACCACACGGACAUGGUGCUAAGUGUGGCCUUCUCAAACCACCAGGACCCAAGACAAAGACUACUGGCCGCAGGAUCCAAGGAUCACCGUAUCAGCCUGUGGUCUGUAUACAGUGAAGGAUCUCAAGCUCAAUGAGCUCAAUUUUUCUUCUUUUUAUGGACUACUUUAGCAGAGCAACAGUUUGUAAUUUUGAUGGCAAAAAGACUUUUAUAUUAGGAAGGUUGUACAUUUUCUUAUAUAUUUCUUAUAAAUUUAUUUAUCUUGUAAUUGAGAAAGUCUUAUGCAUUUACUGUAGUCCAAUUAGUUAAACAUAAAGGUCAUGUAAUAGAUGUCUUAGUAAUUAGCAUGCUUAAUUAUAUCAAUAUAAUGACAUGUCUAUAAGUUGAUACAUGUUAAUGUUAAUACCAAAAGUCUUGUCUCCACGGGCCAGGCAUUUGAACAGUACAUGUUCUGCUCUAUAGAGGCUUUAUCUCCUGGGAUGAGUCCAAGUUAAGAAGCGUUUCAUGCUGUACAGGAAACGCAUGAGAAAUCAAAGAGCUGCUUCACCACCAUGGCCACGUACCAUUAGUGAGCAGUGGAAAGACGAGGUCCGACAGUAGACAGACUACUGUGCCUUUAGGGAUGCAUUUAAAAUCGUUACAAAACAUGUUGUAAAUAUUGAUUGGUUUCAGUCACAUAACAUUUUAGUUUUCUUGAGGAGCACAGCAACCACAGACACACAUGAGGAUGCCAUUAGCCAGAUAUUUUUUAGAUGACCCAACAAUUCAAGAAAUAAUACAUUAGGAAUAAAAUAGAUUUUUUAACCCUGUGAUUAGGCAUCUGUUUUUCCAUUGCUAAAGCUUUAUAUCUCAAGAUAAAAAGUGAGAGAUAAUGAAAGACUACAGUUAACGCUGGCUUGUGACCUAGGGACUUCUUAACAACACAGAUCCACAAAUCAUAACAAAUGCAGAACACAAAGCUCCAUGUAGCCCUGGUUCAAGUGCACGCCCAACUUACCAGAGUAGUAGCUGAGAUAGUAAUUAGAAUUAAGAAAAGCAAAUAUUUCUUUUUACAUUUUCUGUCUUGUAUUCUUAGGUUGGAAUACAAUACAUUUAAAAUUAUUUUACAGAAAUAAAUGGUACAAGGAAAAAUACUGACUAACAUCAUACACUCAUGCCAUAAAAAUAUAUAUAAAAUAAAUUGUGUUAGUUCUAGUAGUCCCACAAAAUGUGCAUUCUUUAUCAUACAAAUACUUCUUUUAAUGUCCCAAAUUAUUUUCCUUAUUCCCUACAAUGGUCCAUCCAUUUUGUCCAGUGACCUCUUUGAUGACAUCUUGCGUUUAUAAUCACUUCCUAACUCUGGUGUUAGCUUUGAACAAACAGUGGUAGCGUGAGGCAGCUUCCGUCCAUUCUCUGAUAACUCAAAUGGGCAGAGGUCUAUUGAUGCUCAUGUUGUGAGCUGAAUAGAACAGGCAGCACUGUGGCUUUACAAGUGACUGCUGGUGAGGAGAAGAUGGCAAACCUAAUAAAUCACUUCAUAAUGGAUCAUUUAGAACGUCAAUAAAUGGACAAGGAGAUCCCCAUUACAAAUCAGAGGCCACAAUGGGCGUUGGACUUCACUUAGCGCCUAAUGUGUGUCCUCCUUGAGCUUGGGUUCAAAGGUCAAGCUCGUUUUAGGACAGGUCAUAAUCCACCACUGAGCCCUUUAUCCAUCCUGCUGUGUAUUUUUUGGGGAUGAUAGCAUUUUUUCAAAUGUAUUACAAGAAAAAAUUGCGUUACACAGUGAUUUGGUAUCAGA